AUGCCUCCACCACCACCCCUCCAUACUCCGCUAUGUGAACUUCUGGGCAUCAAAUAUCCCAUACUCUUGGCUGGAAUGGCACGAACGUCUGGUGGACCUCUCGCGGCCGCGGUCUCCAAUGCUGGCGGUAUGGGUUGCAUAGGCGGACUCGGCUAUACGCCCGCACAAUUACAAGAAAUAAUUGACGAGCUGAAAUCCAAUCUAAGCGACUCCUCUCUCCCCUUCGGCGUCGACCUCGCCCUACCCCAAGUAGGCGGCUCAGCCCGCAAAACCAACCACGACUACACGCACGGCCAACUUAACGAGCUCAUUGAAGUCACAAUCAAGAGCGGUGCAAAGCUGUUCAUCAGCGCCGUGGGUGUGCCACCUGCACGGACAAUCAAACGACUUCACGAAGCGGGCAUACUGAUCAUGAACAUGGUUGGUGCGCCGAGGCAUGCGGAGAAGGCUCUUGAUGCAGGCGUGGAUAUCGUCUGCGCGCAGGGUGGUGAGGGCGGUGGCCAUACAGGGGAUAUCGCGAAUAGUAUCUUGAUUCCGACAGUGGUUGAUGUGGCACGGAAAUACAACAGCCCGUUAACCGGGAGACCAGCUAUGGUAGUGGCAGCGGGUGGGAUUAAUGAUGGUAGAAGUUUGGCCAGUAGUCUGAUGCAAGGCGCGGUUGGCGUCUGGGUGGGUACAAGAUUUGUUGCUGCAGAGGAGAGUGGGGCUCCCAGGUUGCAUAAAGAAUCAGUUGUAGACGCCGAUUUCAGCGACACAAUACGGACGCUAGUGGUAUCUGGGCGGCCGUUGAGGGUGAGGAUGAACGACUAUAUCAAGGGCUGGGAGGAGCAACCAGAAAAGAUCAAGGAGUUGACAGACAGGGGUGUCGUGCCCAUGAUGAAGGAUAUGGAAGACGGGAAGGAUGUUGACAUUCCAUUUCUGAUGGGUCAGGUGGCGGCCAUCAUCAAGGACAUCAAGCCCGCCAGAGUCAUUGUAGAGGAUAUGGUUAGGGAGGCGGUUGCGAUGAUCAAGCUAGGCCAGACUUAUAUCGCGCCAGGGGCGAGGAGUAUGCUCUGA